AUGGGUGCGUCAAGACCACCAAGCACCCCUGCAUCAAAGGGCGAGCGCACACCGAUGUCGACUCCUGGUGGCAGUUCAAGGGCCAAGGAGGAGAAGAUCUUUGUUACAGUGAGGGUGCGGCCAUUAAGCAAGAAGGAGCUGACUUUGAAGGAUGAAGUAGCAUGGGAGUGUGCUGAUAGCCAGACAAUCUUGUACAAGGGCCCCCCUCAGGACCGGGCUGCACCCACCUCUUACACUUUUGAUAAGGUUUUUGGACCAGCUUGCCAAACAGAUGUGGUCUAUGAGGAGGGAGCUAAGGAUGUUGCAAUGUCUGCAUUGACAGGCAUUAAUGCCACCAUCUUUGCAUAUGGGCAAACGAGCAGUGGUAAGACAUUCACGAUGAGAGGUGUUGCAGAGAGUGCUGUUAAUGAUAUUUAUAGGCACAUAGAUAAUACUCCUGAGAGCGAAUUUGUUAUCAAAAUAUCUGCUAUGGAAAUUUAUAAUGAGAUUGUGAAGGAUCUUCUACGACCUGACUCUGCCCCCCUCCGGUUGUUAGAUGAUCCUGAGAAAGGAACCAUUGUGGAGAAGUUGCAAGAAGAAAUUGUUAAGGAUAGCCAACAUCUGAGGCAUCUAAUCAGCAUCUGUGAAGAACAAAGACAGGUUGGGGAGACGGCACUAAAUGACACUAGCUCACGUUCCCACCAAAUCAUUAGGCUGACACUCGAAAGCAGGCUCCAUGAAGUUUCAGGAUGUGUUAAAUCUUUUGUUGCUAACCUGAAUUUUGUUGACCUUGCCGGAAGUGAACGAGCUGCACAAACACAUGCCAUAGGUGCAAGGUUGAAAGAGGGUUGCCAUAUAAAUCGCAGCUUGUUGACUUUGACUACUGUCAUCAGAAAGCUAAGCUCAGAGAAACGAAGUGGACACAUACCCUACAGGGAUUCAAAGCUGACACGUAUUUUACAGCUUUCUUUGGGUGGAAAUGCAAGAACAGCAAUCAUAUGUACUAUGAGCCCAGCCCUGACACAUGUAGAACAAUCUAGAAAUACCCUAUUCUUUGCAACCUGUGCAAAAGAGGUCACAAAUACUGCAAAAGUUAAUAUGGUUGUAUCAGAUAAGCAAUUGGUGAAGCACCUUCAGACAGAGGUUGCUAGACUAGAAGCAGAGCUGAGGACCCCUGACCGUGCCUCCUCUUCUGAUAUCCUCAUAAUGGAAAAGGACAGGAAGAUUAGGCAGAUGGAAAUUGAAAUAGAGGAACUUAGGAAGCAGCGAGAUAAUGCACAGUCAGAGCUCGAAGAACUGCGGAAGAAGAAGGGUGAUCACCAGCCCGGGUGGAAUCCUUUUGACUCGCCACAAAGAGCCCGGAAGUGCCUCACAUUUUCAGGAUCACUAGAGCCAAGUAAUAAAAUUAAGAUGAGGAGCUCAAUUAGGCAAUCAUUUACUGCUCCAUUCAUGUUAAAGCAUGAAAUCCGCAAGCUGGAGCAGCUACAGCAACAGCUUGAGGUUGAAGCAAACCGUGCCAUUGAAGUACUUCACAAAGAAGUUCAAUGCCACAAGCAUGGUAACCAGGAUGCUGCAGAAACUAUUGCUAAACUUCAGGCAGAAAUCAGGGAGAUGCAAGCUGUUAGGUCUGAGAACAGAGACGUGGAGAUGAUUACAGAAGAAGGAAAUGGAUCUGAUUUGAAAGAUGAGAUUUCUAGACUUCAUAUGCAAGACAAUGAUAUUGCCAAACUUGAGGUGAAGUUAGAAAAUGUGCAGCGGUCUAUUGACAGAUUGGUGAUGUCACUUCCAAAUGUUGCUGUACCAUGUAAUGACACUACCCCAAAGUCCAACAGAUCAAAGAAGAAAAAGAGGAUGCUUCUUCCACUGGGUGUGAGCAACAACAUAAACAGAGCAAAUCUUCUGAGAGCACCUUGCUCUCCCCACUCUUCUAGUAGGCCUUCAGAAUCAGAAGUUGAGAACAGGGCCCCAGAGGGUGACACAGUGUCUGUUGAAGGUUCAGAAAAGGCUACACCCACAAAGAGUGAAGAUGGAGAUAUAUCAUCACGUGAUGAAACACCACGCUAUAGGCGAUCCAGCUCAGUGAAUAUGAAAAAGAUGCAGCGGAUGUUUCAAAAUGCUGCAGAGGAAAACGUGAGGAGCAUCAGAGCUUACGUGACUGAACUGAAGGAGCGGGUUGCGAAACUUCAGUACCAAAAGCAGCUGCUAGUCUGCCAGGUCUUGGAGUUGGAAUCUAAUGACGGAAAGCAGAAUGAUUACUUGGAAGAGGAUAAUGCUGGUCCUCUACAGGACGGUCCUGAUUCAUGGGAUAGAUUAUUCAAGGAGCAGAUGCAGCACAUUAUUCAAUUAUGGGAUCUCUGCCAUGUAUCUAUCAUUCAUAGGACGCAGUUCUACCUGUUAUUCAGAGGAGAUAGGGCUGAUCAGAUAUACAUUGAAGUUGAAGUAAGAAGAUUAACAUGGUUGCAACAACACUUUGCUGAGACCGGUGAUGCAAGCCCUGCAGCUGGUGAUGACCCUGUAGUUUCGCUUGUCUCCAGUAUCAAAGCAUUGAGGAAUGAACGGGAAUUUCUUGCAAGAAGGAUGGGGACAAGGCUAACGGAUGAAGAGCGGGAGCGCCUCUUCAUUAAAUGGGAAGUCCCCCUCGACGCAAAGCAGAGGAAGCUGCAGCUUGUGAAUAAGCUCUGGACUGACCCCAACAAUCAGGUGCACAUCAAGGAGAGCGCGGACCUUGUGGCCCGGCUGGUCGGGUUCUGUGAGGGUGGCAACAUCAGCAAAGAGAUGUUUGAGCUCAACUUUGCAGUCCCCACAAGUAGGAAGCCAUGGCUGGUGGGCUGGCAACCCAUUUCAAACAUGAUCAGAGAAAAAACUCAACUUUGGUAAGCAGAUGGAAGCAUAUAGCCCCUUUAAAAUAAGGAACAAAAAGAACAUGCAUUUCUUGAUGACCAGUUGAAUUCUGGACUUGUUGAUCAAGGGAGGAAGUGUCUGAACUUCCAUGUGGUUACCCUUCCUGUAGAUGGUGGUGAAUUCAUGUAGUGCUCUUACUUCUAAAUGUUCUUGUUGUAGGAGAAUCUGAAUGUUCUCGCAUUUUUUUUAUUAUGUAGACCAAUGUCAAGAGAAGAUCACACAUUUCAUUACAACGGCAAGUUUUGUUUGUUCCUUUGUUUUAUAUAUAAUCUGGAUCUGACAAUCCCAU